AUGCCGGAACAGCAGGAAGAAGAACCAUCGACGGCAAGAUUGGCUUGGACGAAAAGAUUGUCGAGGAGAUUGAAUAAGAGGUUGGUUGAGCCGCAUGCUUCCGCGAGCUUCCGCAAAGCCGCGAGGCCUUGUUGAGAAAAUUCAAAUUUUUGAAUUUCGCGCUAAAAAUUUGAGAGCGGGAAACAUGAAAAUUUCAAAUUUUCUAAAACAAAAUGAAGCAGGAAAAAAUAGGUUUCAAAAAAUGUAUACAAGAAUUUUGGAUUUGAAAAAAAAAUUGCUUUAAGAAUUUGUCUCUCUAGAAAAAAUUUGAAUUUUCGAAUUUCGCGCUAAAAAUUUGAGAGCGGGAAAUUUAAAAUUUAAAAUUUUCUAAAAAAAAAUGAAGCAGGAAAAAAUAGGUUUCAAAAAUUGUAUUGAAAUUCUCUGCACUCGGAAUAAAUUCCUAAAUUUUAUUUGAAUUUUUGAAUUUCGCGCCAAAAUUUGGAUUUCUUUUUGAAAUUGGUUUUGAAAAAGUCGAGAAAAAUCUGAAAACGUGACCCACUAAAAUGUAUACAUUUCAAAAAACCAGAAACAUUUUUCGAACAAAAAAACGUGACCCAAUUCCGCUGCCACGUGUUUUCCAACCCUAUAAAACCUCAUUUCUCCUCAGAUCUUCUUCACUAAUCGCCUCACUUUUGGGAAGUCGAAAUAAUGGACAAAAUGAUGGUGGAAUUGUGGGGAAUGAAACUGAAGAAGAUCAAGAAAAUCGAAUGAAACAUGAUAAAAGACGAAGAGCUUCGGAAGCGGUGACAAAUCAAAAUGAGCCGAAAUCGAAAAAGAAAUCGAGACGACAAAGUGUGGAUAGGAUUUAUAAUCAUGGUGGAAAGGUUGGUUUGGGAAGGUGGGAGAAGGGUGGGUGACGGGAGAGGGAUCGGGUAGGUUUUGGCGGGUGGGAGAUAUAGGAUUUUAGACUAAUUUUUCUGGAUCUAUAGAUUUUUUUAGUGACUGAAUUUUCUGGAUCUUAAAAUUUUUAAGUAGACAAUUUUUGUGGACUGUAAAUUGUAGAAUUUUUCUGGAAUCAUCUGAAUUUUCAGUGUUUUUUGUAGUCAGAUUUUGGAAUUUUUACUCUAUAUUUUCAUCAAUAAUUAUUCUGACUCGUGGAAAACGUUAAAAAUUUCAGCCAAAUUUUCAGAUUAGGUUUAGGUAAGGUUCAGUUAAAAUUUAGGUUCCUGUAAACUCAAUUUGAAAAUUUGGAGGUACUGUAACUUGCUCCAAUUAAUCUGAUGAUUUUUGUUCCAAAUUAGAGUCCUGAAUUUAAUUUUGAAGAUUGAUGAAAUUUGAAUUUGUCGGAAUUUUUUCUCAAAAGAAAAAAAAAUAUCCAUAAAGUGCAACAAAUUAUCCAAAAUUUCAACAAAAAUCCAGAAAAUCCUUGUAUUUUUCGAAAAAAAAAUCUGGAAUGUUUUUUUCUAUUAAAAAAUUAUCUCAUCCAUCAUGAAUUCUGAAAAGUAAAGUGCAACUGAAUAUUUCAUUUCAUGUUUUUUCUCAUCAUCAUAAUGAAAAGUACAUGUGAAUAAUAUUUUUUGCUGAAAAACAAAAGUUCAUUUUUGUUUAAAUUUGAAAUUUCAAAAUUUCAAAAUUCCCGCCUUGAGAACUUGACCUGAUUUUUGCGCCAAAUUCAAAAAUUCGAAUUUCUAGCCUCAAAUUUUUUUUUCGAAAAACAAAAGUUCAUUUUUUUGUUUUCUGCAUCUAUCAAUAUUUACAUACUAACAUGUUUGCCUUUGUAAUUUUCUCUCCAAUUUUUUUUCAAAGCCAAAAAAUUUCUACUAAUUUCUUUUCUCAAUUCAUAAUGUUCUUUCAACCAAAAACGGGCCUUUUUUUGGCUAGAUAGAUUGACGUAGGCACAUUCCAUUCUGAAAUUUUUUUUUUCAUUUUUCUGCAUUGAACCGCAAAACUUUUUUUUCCCCUUACUUCCCAUAAAGAAAGAAUCGAAUUGCACAUUUGAAACGAGAAGAGAACUUUUUUUUUUGCAAAAAAAAAAAUUUUGCGCGAAAAAGUGACAUCCGGCCAAAAAUGCAUCAAGUUUCGCGCGCGCUUUUUUCGAGAGCCACGAAAAAAUAUAGAAAAAUAUUACGUUUUCUGGUGGGAUUUUUGGAGGGUACUGUAGAUUUUGGCGGGGAAAAUUGAGCACAGUGUUCUCAAGACGCGACUCCUUGAGAGGGGACGUUCUCAAGAGUCGGCUGCUUGAGAGGUAGCGCCUCUAGGCGUGGAUCCUUGACAGAAUAGCUGUGAAGGCGCAGCUCCUUGAAAAAUAGCUUUUCUAGGCGUGGCUUCUUGACAUAUUGGCUCUCAAGGCGUGGAUCCUUGAUAGGUAGUUUCUCAAAGUUUCGCUUCUUGACAGAGAAGAUCUCAAGGCGUGGAUCCUUGAUAGAGAAUAUCUCAAGGCGCGGCUCCUUGACAGAAUAGCUAUGUAGGCACAGCUCCUUGAGAGAUGGCUUCUCAAGGCAUUGCUCCUUGACAUAGAUUUUGCCAAGCCGCGGCUCUUUGACAAAUUGGCUCUCAAGCAACAAGCCCUUUACAAAAAAAAAUACAAUUCAAGUUUUUAAAUUUUGUAAAGCGCCAGAAAAUCUACAGUAUUUUGGACUACGGUAACUAGAGGUGUCAAUAGAGAUUACAGUACUCAUAGAACAUUUUGAAGUAUAGUUUAACUUUGAAAAUUUUAAGCUGUUACAGUACUCUAAGACUCUAAGAGUACUGUAACUUAAAUCAAACUCUCCUUAUCUAAUCUAAUACUACAGUAUCCUCUGCUCUAAUUUUGGCUACAGUAAAAAAAAACUACAGUACUCUAAGACUACGGUAACUAGAUUUUGAUCUUCAAAUUUUUCCCAAAAAAUUGUGACAUAUUUCAAUUCUAAUUCCAAUUUCAAACAUCAUUCAUUCAUUUUUUUGAUGCUCCAAAAAAAACCCAAUUUAAAAAUACUCUCUCUCUAUUUUUUCUGACCACUCUCUCUCUCUCUCUUUUUUUGCCUGGGACCAUUUUUUUUUGUUCUUGGUCCGAAAUUCUUUUUUUCUCUCAAAUUUUCGCGUUAUUUUUUUCUCGAGCUCUGAAAAGCAACCAGGCAAAAGCGAAAAAAGAAAGAGAGAAACGAGAGUUUUCUUCGCGUUUUUCGCCUUUUUUUCGCGUCACUAUAUAUUUUUCCAGACCUUCUUCUUCUUCGUUUUUUUCUUGUUCUUCUCGUUUUUUUUUUCGGAGAAAAAUUAUUGAUUUUUUGGGGCCAGGGUUCCCGGGAAUUUUGAAAUUUUAUUUGGAAAAAAAUUUGGCUGCGUAUGUUUGAUACUCAGCCAACUUAUUUAAUUCUUUUGGAAUUUCAUAGAUCAGAAAUUGGGCCCAGCAAGUUUUUGAAUUUCUUAUUCGGAAAUUACACCAGGCAAUAUAACUGCGUACGUUUGAUACUCAGCCAACGGGUUCCACAAAUUUAGCUUGUUAGCUUGUGAUCUACAAAUUGGAUUAGAUUCAAAAAGUUUAGAAUUCAGAAGUAGUGAAUUUUGGCUGCGUACGUUUGAUACUCAGCCAACUGCUUCCAAUUUCAUUUUUUGGGAUUUUGUAGAUCAGAAAUUGGGCCCAGAAAGUUUCUUACUUGGAAAUUACACCAGGCAAUUUAGCUGCGUACGUUUGAUAAUCAGCCAACCGAUUCCACAAAUUUAGCUUUUUAUCUUGUGAUCUACAAAUUGGAUUAGAUUCAAAAAGUUUAGACUUCAGAAGUAGUGAAUUUUGGCUGCGUACGUUUGAUACUCAGCCAACUGAUUUCUUCAAAUUUGCCUUCUAAUUUCUUGAUCUACAUUAGACCUAUCAAAAAUUGUGGAUUUGUCACGUGGCAUUAUAUUUUCAGGCCCUGAAAAUUAGAUAAUUCCAGAAAAUUUGUAGAUCAAAUUUUGGGACCCCGAAAAAUCCACGUGGCAAAAAUUUUGAGCACAACUGUGAUGACCUAAAAAAUUGUUAUUUUCUGAUUCUGAUUCUCAAAUUCUAGUAUCAAAUUUCAAUUUUUCUGCGUCACUAACCAAAAUGUUUCAAAAAUUUAUUUGAUGAUUUCAAAAUUCCCUGGCCCAAAAAUAAAUUUCGUAACUUUUUUUCUCAAUUUUUUCUUCACUUGUUUAUUUCUGUGCUCACCGAAAAAAAAUUGAAUUUUUUCUAGCUCCGCCCACUUUUUUCUAUAUAGAAAGAGGAAAAUAUAAUCAGAAUAAUAAGAAUAAUAAUACAAAAUCAAUUUUGGCGCCAAAAAUGAGCACGGCUUCGGUUGACAAAAAAUCAAUAACGGUUAGUUUGUUUUUUGAAAUUUUGAAAAAUUGAGAGUUGAAAUCUGGAAUCUGAAUUUAGGAUUCAUUAAAUUUGAAUUUCAAAUCUGAAUUUUUUUUCGAAAAUACCAAAAAUCAAGUUUUUUGCCCCUAUAAAAAUCACAAGUUUUAAUCGGUUUAGUUUUUUUUGGACAAAAAUAUAAAAAUAUUCAAAUUGGGGAAUUUGGGAAUAUUUUUCUCAUUUUUUUCAAUGACGUUGAAAAUUGUUAUAAUCAUAUUUUUGAGACUGAAAAUUAGGAAUGUCUGAAAUUUAUUUUGAGGGAUUUGAAGUUUUAGGACGGGAAUCCACGUUGCAAAAUUUUAGCAUCAAGUUUUGAAAUUCAAAAAUUUUGAUUUGAAUUUCUAAACUUGAUUUUGAAAGUCAAAAAUCUACGUGGAAAAGUUUUAGGCGCCAAAAUUUUAAAUUCAAAUAUUCACCUCUCAAAUUUGAAUGUGAUUUUUUCGCGCCAAAAAUCCACCUGUUCAAAAAUGAAAAUUUCGCAACCAAAUUUCUUGGCGCCAAAAAAAAUCUAUCAAUCGAUUUUUUUUUCGAUUUGCGUCCAAUUUUCUUCCAGCCACACCCAUUUCAUUUUUUUCGUGUGUUCUCUUUUUUUCUUCCCAUUUUCUGAUCUUUUUUGUCUUUUUCAUCACAUUUUUGCUAUUAUUUACACACUGUUUUCAAGUACCCCUCCUUUUUUCCCGAAAAAAAACCCAGCCAGAAAUAAAUCGGAUCGAUGUGAAAAAUUAGGGUCACAGAAUUCUUGAGGCGAAAAUUUUGAAUCAAACAAUUUGGCGCCCAAAAAUCUACAGUACUUCCAGAUCUGUAUGAUCUACCGAUUUUUGAAAUUUUUUUGGCCACCCAGAAAUCAAUCGAACUCCAGAUGUUCUUUAGUAUACUUUGCAGCUGUCCAAAUUUUUUCGGAACUUUUUUUAUUGAUUUGAAAAUGUUUGGGAGGCUUUUAGGGGUACUGUAGUUCUAGUAGAUCAAGGAUUACUGUAGAUCAGGAAUACUGUAGUUUCGGGGGUUUUGAUCUGGGGUACUGUAGAUGUUUUGGCGCCAUUUUUUGAAAUCUGAAAUUUUUUGGAUUUUCAGAAAUUAAAAAAAUCUAACAAUUUUUCUGAACAAAAUCUGCUUCAAACUUGGCGCCAAAUUUUCUCCGGGUUACUGUAGUUUUUUGGCGCCAAAACCCACUCACAAUACAUAUAAUAAUAGCUAUUUAUUUCCUCGUACACCUUAUUUUUCCCCGUUUUUUCCCCGCUCCAAAAAAAUCGUAGACACAUUUUGUGUCCAUCUAAAAUUAUAAUAAAAAAGUUCCAAGUUGUAUUUCUCUUAUCAAAACUUUUUUUGUUUCCCUCCAGCCAAUGUUUCUCUCUCUCUGUCUGCACGCUCUCUCAUUUCCCCACACUCUCUCAUCCCCCGUCCCUCCCUGACCAAUCAAUGCUUUCUCUCGUCUUGUGUUUCGUGUCGGCGUCUCUCGAUUUCCCAUGCUCUCUCGCCACUUCCUUUUCUGUUUUUCUCUGCGCUCUCUACGCCUUUUUUUUAUUAUUUCAUUUUGAAAAAAGGUGGCCUUCGAUUCGUAGUUCUGGACUGCGCUGACUUGGUUUUGAUUUUGAUUUUUUUUGGGUCAUUGCUCAGAUUAGAGGCCUUAGGUAAUUUGAUAUGGCCAAAAAUAUAAAUAUUUAUAUUUUUGUUUGUUUGGGAAGAGAAGGAAGGACGUGGAUUUUUGAGCUUCAAAAUGUUAUUUUUAUUCUACAGUACCUCUAGAUUCAAAGGAACAUGUUCUAUUUUUUUUUGAGGAAAAGUUCAGGUCUACAGUACCCCUUGAAUCCCUGGGUAACGUAGUCUAGCACUUUUUUUUUUUGAAUUGUCCGAAUUUAUUUUCAAAAUUUUCUUUUUGAGCUCUUGAAAAGCUACAGUAAUCUAGCUACAGUACUCAAAACUUUUUCGGAAAAUUCUGAUUUGAAAAUGUACAGUACUCAAAAUUUUUGAGGGGUACGGUACAAGCUGUAAGAUGUUUAGGAACUACAGUAAUUUAGAAAGUAGAAGCUACAGUACCUUUUCUAGAUUUAAAGGAACACAGCUUUCUCCAAAAUUUUCAAAAUAUUGAGAAUUACAGUAUUCCAACUGAUUUUAAAGGAACAUUACUGUUUUGAACUAUUUUUAACGGUUCCUAAGUUUGAGAUUCAAUAAGUCUAGCUACAGUACGCAAGCCACUAAAGUAACCUCUCCAGAUUUAAAGGAACAUAGCUGUCUUCAACUCUUUUGAAAAAUUCUGGAUUUUGAUCUACAGUAACCUUUCUAGAUUUAAAGGAGCAUAGCUAUCCUCAACCCAUACUUCAAUAUUAAAAUUCAGAGCCACAGUUCUCUUACUCGUUUUAAAGGAACAUAACUGUCAAUUGAUCUACAGUACCUCAAAGGAACAUGCUAAAAAUAGAUUCAUUUCGUGUUCUUUCUCUCAAGUACUUUUUGCUUGUCGCUUUUCAAAGACACAAUAAUUAUCGAUUGAAAAGUGUUCCGCAACAAAACUAGAAUUCUCUCUCUCUCUCAUUUUUCUCCGCAUUCACCCGAAAACUGUCAUACACUCACUCACUCACUGUACAUAAUAUUAUUUUUAUUUUUUUGAUUUUCCUAAUAUAAUAAUGAAAAGAGAAGAGAGAGCGCGCGGGCGCGUUCUUCUCCUGACCGCCAACAUUUUCUGUGCCGGAAAAUAGUGCGUGAUUUGAGGAGAGCGCGCCAGACAUUUCUAUGUAUAAUGUAAAUAUCUUUCUUCUUUUUUUUUGUCGCGCGAUUUGAUUUUUCCCAGGGUCAAAACGCAGCCGCACCAAGUUUUCUUGUUCGUUUUUUUUUUUUUGAAAAUAAAAUUAUCGAUUUUUUUUUGGGGAGAAACCUCCCUUGAGAUUUUUUGAUUGAGAUGAUAAGAGAUGUUUUUUUUUCGGAGGCUGAAAUUUUUUUCAAAUUUUUUCAACGCGUCAAAAUUCCACGUCAUAACUAACCCCAAUAUUUCUAGACCUCAAAAAUCCCGCCAAAAAUCUAAUUUUUGAUCUCAUUCCAAAUUUCUCUCUCUCUCUCUUUCUUUUCCCUCUCUUCUCCCAUUUUCUCUCUCUCACUUCAUUUUUGAUCACAGAAAUAUAAAAUGAUUCAUUUUUCUGUACUUUUCAAUUCUAUUCUAUCCAUUUUCUAAUAUAUAAAAAGUGCAAAAACACGCAAAAAACCAGUCUUUUUGCAAUGGAGCGCACUUGCUUCAUCCUGUUUUUUCCACCCGCAAAAAAAAAAAACAAAUAACAUUUCGAUUCACAUCAACAACAAACAGAGUUCUCUUUGUUGUUAAAGUGGGAGGUGAACAGUUGUCAAAUACUCUUAUUUUAUCUCUAAACUCUCCUCAAAACCCAUACACUCUAGCUUGGUUUUGCCUCAUUCACUUUUCAUUUUAUUUUUCAAUGAUAAGCUCCACUUAUCGAUUUUGUUGGGCUCUUGAGACAAUAUAAUAUAAUAAUCAAUCAAUAAUUGUGUUUUCUUUCAGGAGCAUGUGAAUACACCUGACGUGCAAUCCAAGAGCAGCAGUAAAACAGAAAAGGUUGGUUGAUUUUUCGAAAUUCCCCCGCCAACGUGGCCUAGAAAACCAAACGGUUCCUAGGCCGCAUGACAAAUUUUUUCAUUUCUUUUUUUUUCGGGGUUUUCGCAGGGAAUUUUCUAGAGAAAAUGGUGAAAUUUUCCAGGAAAAUUCUUCAACCGCAUCGAGAGAAGCUAAGAAACCAUCAUCGUCAACCAUCAAAACAUCAAAAGUAACCGAUUUUCACAUAGAAAAUCGACAAAACACAGACAAUUCUUUCAGCGCCCAUCAACAACAUCCGGACGAGAAAUGAAUGGGGCAAGCGCAACAACCACUGCGACUACGCAACAAACGCAAGCCGCCGCACCUUCCGCACCAUCUUCCGGAAGAUAUUCGACAUCGGCGCAUGGAACUAGUGGCGGAAGUAGUCGAACUGGUGGAAGGUUAGUUUUUUGGGGAGAAAUUAUUGAUUUUUUCCGAAAAAAAAAUAUUAAAAGUGGGAAAAUCGAUGGUCUGGGAAAUGUUUAUAAACAUUUUGUUGUGGGAAAAUUAUUUGAUUUUUGAAAUUGUGAUGAAAAUGUUUGAUUUUUCAUUGGAAGUGAGGAGAUUUAUUGAUUUUUGGUGAAAUUUUGUGAUUUUCAUGUGAUCUUAGAAAUAUUGGUGUGUUUUCGUGGUUUCGUGGGUCUAAAAAUGAUUUUUUCGUGACGAGACCCAAAAAAUACUGAGAAUUAUCGAUUUUCUGGGGCUUUGAACCUAAUUUUCGUUGUGAGACCCUAUAAUUUAAUUUUUUUUGGUCUCACAACGAAAAAUAGGACCUAGGAGACUAUUUUUUGCUCCAAGACCAAAAUUUCAUAAAAGAAAACCCAUAAAAUUUCAUUUCUCCGUUCUUGACUCGAAAAAUUCGAGAUUUUUCGCUCCGAGACCCAAUUUUUUCUCGAAACAAACUUUUUUCAAUUUGUUUUUCAUUUUUCUCUCUCCUGCAAAAACUUUUUUCCAGCCAAGGCUUAAAUUACAAAUUUUUACGUCCUUGUUUUUUCGCUCAACCAAAAAAUUUUCACUUUUUUUAUUCAAAAAAAAAGUAAUAGUAGUAAAAAUAGUAGUUAGUUAUAAAUAUGAAAAUAUAUUUGUUUUUCGAAUCAAUUUGUGGUCGCAAAAAAGAGGAGAAGGCUAAAUACUUUUUGUUUGUUUUCGUUCAUUUUUACCCAAAAAAUAUUAUAUUUUUCACCGAUUUUUCGGCUGGAAAAUAUCAAUUUUUCAUUGAAAAGUGCACAUAUUCAUCAUUUUUCAUCAGAAAAACAUGUUCUUUUCCCCGAGAAAAUUACGGUUUUUAAAGGAACAUUACAAGAUAAAUUAUGCAAAUUGAGAGAGCUCUCCAUCUUUUUUUUUGCUCCGAGAAAAGUUAGCUCAUCUCAUCUCUUCCCUUUUCUAUAUAUGUACAAUUUGUGCGAAUUUGUUGAUUUCUCAGAAUCUCUCAUGAGCCAAUUAUAUCUCGCCUCGCUUUUUCACUAGUUUUCCUCUCGAAAAGAUGAGUCAAACAAGAUUUUUGACACUUUGUGUACUUUUUCCGGAUAUUUUUUGGCUUUUUUCUUAUGAAAAUGCGAUUUUUCAUCAGAUUUUGAGCCUUAACAUGAGCAAGCUCAAAGAUUGAUGAAAAAUUCGUGAAUUUUACCCCAAAAUUGCUCCAGAUUUCAUUUUAUUUGUUUUUUUUGGUUUUCCUUUAUCUUCCGGCUCUUCUUCUUCCGUUCGUUGCUCUUUUUUGUGUUCGUGGCGCCAAAAACCACCCUCCAAAAAAUAUCGAUUUUCCAGAAGAACCCGGCUGUAGAUGUAAAUUAUCUCUGUUGGCUCCGAGGAGCAUCUCUGAUUUUUCCCCCCUCAAAAAAACAGAAAAACGAACUUUUCUCCUACUUUUUUUGGAGAAUCUUUUUGAGCAAAACUGCCGCGCGGUUUGGUUAUUCGAGAAGUGAUGAAGUUUAUGUGGAAACCGCCCGAGUGAGUUUGAUUUUUUGAGGAAAAUUUGAAUUUUUAUCGAUUUUUUGAGCUCGGGGAGCUUUUUGUGCGGAAAAAUUGACUGAUUUUUGGAGCCUGAAGCUUUUUUCGAGCCCUGAAAAUGUGAAUUUUGCACCACAAUUUUGCAGUGAUUUUCCACGUAGAAAUUUGGGUUUUUCGGGAUUUUUUAGCCCUGAAAUUUUGAUUUGAAGCAUUGCUCAUAUUGAAAAUUCUCUCUGAAAAUUUCUAUGACGUGGCUAAAAUCUGAGAAAUAUUAUUUUUUGCUGGAAUUUUUGAUCUUGAAAUUAGGUUUUGAAAUUAAAUUGCCACGUCAUUUUUUUCAUGAGUAAAUCCUUGAAAUCCCUGAAAAUUCCAAAAGAUCAAACAAUUUUUGAGGAUAAAAAUGUUUAUCAAAAAAUCUUGGAGCAGGAUUAAAAUGUUUUUCGGAAAUCUCUUUUGCAGUUUUUUUUCCAAACCUCAAAAAAGGUUCAAACCGUCGUGAUUUAUGUAUGUAUAAAAUUAUAUACAUUUCCAAUUUUCCACCUCACUGCCUCCCCAAAUUUACGUGUGUGUGGAAAAACGAAAAAUGUCUGGCACGCUCUCGCAAACACACACUCUCUCGCACACAACUUUUUACUUUUAUUUCGCGAAAACAGUGCAUAUUAGGAGCUGAUUUUUAUGUGUUUUUCAUCGGAACCACAAUAUGUGUUAUACAUAGUUCGAAAGAUAAUUUCUUCGGCUACAAACACAUAUGAAAUGUUAUAAAUGAAACCGAGAUAAAAAAUUAAAAUUUCAUGCAAACAUGACAUGGUUUUUUUGAAUUGUGUGAAAAACGCAUGUGUUUUUUGAUGACCUGGCUUAUUUUUUGAAUAUCGAAUAUAUGUAUAAUCGAGUCGUAGUUUUGUUCAGAAUCUCAAGGGCUUUCAGAUGAUGUAAAUCAAUAUUUAUGAAAUUGUGAAAUCAUGGAGGAGUAGGGAUUUUUCGUUUGUCAAUUUUUAAAACGAAAUUUUCAUUUUAAUUUGAAAGGAACUCGAAUGAAGUUUACAUACGUUUUGAAGAGAAUUUCUCGGGCUUCAAAAUCAUAUAUAUUUCUAUACACAAAAAUGGAAAUUGGAAGCACCGCUUUCGGUUGAAAACUCGUUGGGUUUGCACCAAACAAACAAACCGCGUUCAGUGGCGUUGCGAAAAACAGCGGUGAGUUUUCAACCGAAAGCGGUGCUUCCAAUUUCCAUUUUUGUGUAUAGAAAUAUAUAUGAUUUUGAAGCCCGAGAAAUUCUCUUCAAAACGUAUGUAAACUUCAUUCGAGUUCCUUUCAAAUUAAAAUGAAAAUUUCGUUUUAAAAAUUGACAAACGAAAAAUCCCUACUCCUCCAUGAUUUCACAAUUUCAUAAAUAUUGAUUUACAUCAUCUGAAAGCCCUUGAGAUUCUGAACAAAACUACGACUCGAUUAUACAUAUAUUCGAUAUUCAAAAAAUAAGCCAGGUCAUCAAAAAACACAUGCGUUUUUCACACAAUUCAAAAAAACCAUGUCAUGUUUGCAUGAAAUUUUUAUUUUUUUAUCUCGGUUUCAUUUAUAACAUUUCAUAUGUGUUUGUAGCCGAAGAAAUUCUCUUUCGAACUAUGUAUAACACAUAUUGUGGUUCCGAUGAAAAACACAUAAAAAUCAGCUCCUAAUAUGCACUGUUUUCGCGAAAUAAAAGUAAAAAGUUGUGUGCGAGAGAGUGUGUGUUUGCGAGAGCGUGCCAGACAUUUUUCGUUUUUCCACACACACGUAGAUUUGGGGAGGCAGUGCACCUGUCAUUUCCUCUCCUCCGAAAAUGGAAAAUAAUCCGUUUUUUUGUCUCGUCAAUGAAUGAAUCAGACACAUUCUCAUAAAACAGUAAUUUACCAGGAGGCCAAUUUUCUCCCUCCCAAUAUUUACCAUUCGCCCGCUGGCUGCUACCUGGUAUAUUAAUUUUCCAUUCCGAUUUCUCUCUCUCUCUCUCUCUCUCUCUCUCUCUCUCUCUCUCUCUCUCUCUCUCUCUCUCUCUCUCUCUCUGGCCUCCUCCUAAUUUCGCUCCCCGCUCCCUCUUUUGUUAUAUACCACUACUACAUUUUAUUAUUAUUAUUAUUAUAACAAUAAUAAUAAGGGACGAUGAGAUAGUGUGUUGGAGCUGAGAGAGAGUCUAGAGAAGCAGAGUGUGUGGUAUCGCAUAUUAGUCAUCCCUCAAGGAGAACAUUUUGUGUGUGUACCUUUUUGCUUUUAUUCAUUUCUGUUUGACUGUUAUGACGUUCAAAAAAUCGUAUGCUUUCGCUUUGGAUUUGAAGUCGACGAAUCACAGGCAUACCAUCUAUGCGGAAACAUCUAGGGAUUUUUGCGAUGGGCAGAGGUAUGACUCAUUUUUUCGUGUAGUUCUUUUGGAGAAUUUUGGAUUUUUUUGACUCUAGAAGCUUUUUCUGUGUAGUUCUUUUGGACAAUUUUUCGAGAACUUACCUGAAAUAUUUCCUAAUAGUUUCUCACAAAUUUUGAACUCUGUCGGAUUUUUUAGUGACUUUUUGGAACAUUGUAGUUUGACCCUUGAAUUUUGUAGUUCUCGAGGAGGAUCCAAUUUUCCUGAUGGUUUUUGGGCUCUCGGAUAUGUUUUGGACGAUUUUUCAGCCCAUCCAGCUGUUUGGCUACAUUUUUCCGGUCUAAUUAGAUUUUUCGAAUGAUUUUUUGAUUUUUAGGGAUAUUUUGGGGUUUCUGUUAGUUUCCGACUCCGAUUUUUCUAGCCUACGAAUUUUUUCCGGUUAAAUUCCAUCAAUUUUGAAAGAUUUUUUGAUUUUCCCUGAAUUUUCGGGCUUUCUUGUGUAGUUCUCGAGGAGAAUAUCCAGCUUCUCCCACAAGAUUUCUGAUCGUUUUCCCAGCUAUCAGCUGUUUUCUUCUUAUCCUCCUGCACGAAUUGUGUAGUUCUUUUGGACAAGUUUUUCCCUCUCGGAACGUGAAUUAUUUAUCUUGUUUUUUGAAAAUUUUGAUAUUUUUUUCAUUUUUAUCACCAUAUAUUUUUUCAUCGUGUAGUUCUCUUGGAGAACAAUGAUUCAUCAAUCCACAAAAAAAUCAAUAAAAUUGUCUGGGAAAAAAUGCGAAUGAUUCAUCGAUUUUCCCAGCGCGCGCACAAAAAAAUUUGAACUUUUUUUUGACACAAAACAGAACACUCUUUUUUUUGUGUCAUUUUGUCGCCCCCAAGUGGCCAAUUUCUCAAUGUUUUUUUCCUGCAACUUUCUAGGAAAAAAAACUGGUCGUUUUAUUUAUGUUUUUUGAUUUUAGAGGGAAAUUGUGUAGUUCUAAAGUGUUUUUGUUUGUUUUUUCUAUAAAAAGUGCCUCUAAUUGCCUUUAAUUUGGGUCUCGAAGCGUAGAGGUUUUUGAUUUUUAGCAGCCACUUUUUUCUCCGUCGUCACUGCCUUUUACUUGUUCUUGUUCUUUUUGGGAAGUUUGUGUUGUUUGCCUAGACAAACAUUUUAUAUAUGAAUGAGGAGGAGAAUCUAGACCUUUUUCACUUGAGUUAAGUGAAAUUUGAUACCUUUUACUGUGUCGACUUUUUUGAGGUGCGGGAACUGGUUAGGAACGUUUUGGUUAACAUAAGCAAUGCUAGGGAAUUGGAAAUCGAGAAGUUAAUCUGAGCAAUCACUUGAGAUGCUCUGAAUUUUGAGAAAUUGAUAGUUUUGGCUGAAAAUUCACAAGGUUUUUGAUUGAAACACUCUAACAUGAGCAAUCGUGUGCAACUUGAUUUUGGGAUCCAGAUUUUGGAGCUCGAAAUCUUGGACAAUUUCAACAUGAGCAAAAUUAUUGAAAUAAGGAUUGCUCAUAUUAAUCAAUAAGUUGGAUUCUGAGUUUUGUAGUUAAUAUGAGCAAUGCUUUUUAGUGUUUGCUCAAAAAUUAAAAACAUCGUUAAAAUAAGCAAUGUGCCCAAAAUCUUGAAAAAUCAGAAAAUUUGUGUUUUCUAGUAAAUCUCGAAAAAAUUGGCCAAAUUUCGAUCAAUUUCCUCGAAAACUUUGCUUCCUUCCUUCUUCCUUCUUCUUUUUCUCUAAACAAUAUUUGUUCUCGAAAAAAGUGCCAAAAUGUUGUUUUGUGAGAGAAAUUGCAAGCAAGCUGAAAAAAAAUUUAAAUUAAUUUUGGUCGUCAAAUAAACACACACACAUACACAUUUUCCCAAUUCAUUUUCCUCAUUUUUUUCGCUGCGGAAAAAUCUUUUCGAUGCUAAAUGCGAUUUCGGCGAUUUUUUGUGGUGCACCGAAAUCUGAGUUGCAACAAAUUGUGACGACUGAAAUUGUGACUAGAAAUAAUAAUAAUAGUAGAUAUAGAAAUGUGAGAAGCAGAAGAAGUGGAGGAAUUAGGAGGAAAAGUGAAAAGUUGGUUUUUGUGGGUGGGAAAUUGGGAAUUUGGGAGGUUUUUUGAGAGAUUUUGGGUAGAAAAUUAGGUAUUUUGAUAGAGUUUUGGCCCCGGAAGCGGAUUUUUGAGACUCUUGAAUUUAACCCCAAAACCUAUUGUAAUUGAAGAAACUUUCAUGGAAUUCCAAUUGUUUUCCUGGAAACAUUUAAUUUUUUGUUUAUUUUCAACCAAAAAUUUCUAUGACGUGGAAAAAUGUUUCUUUUUUCCUCGAGAAGUUCAUCUAAUUAGAACUUUUGAGAAUCCUUGAAAGUUUAGAGAUUUCUCUUUCUCGGAAACUUUGAAUGAACCAAAACACGGAGAAUAAAAUGUUGUCUAAUUAGGUUACUUGUAUGUAUGUGUCGUUCUUCUCUCUUUUUUCUUCUUUUCCUGGAAAAGUUGAGAAUUUUAGAUCUUUUUUGAGAAAUUUGAGAGGAUUUGAAGUUCUGAGGUUUUCUUAUUGGUAAAUUGAUCGAAAUCUCGAUUUUUUGAAUUGAAAAAGUGAUUUUUGAACAUUUAUUAUCAGUGUUUUUGUUUGGGAAAUUAUCAAGAAGCUCGAAAAAUUAUCAGUUUUGUACUGAAAAUUUGAGAAAAUAUUACUAUUUUAUAAGUUUUUGGGCUGGAAAUUUUAAGAAAAAACUGAACUUUCAGCCAGAAAAUCUGGAAUUACGGGAUUUUUUCCAAGGGUUUCCCAUCAAAAAAUCCUCCCCCAACCCCCUUUUUUCCAGCUCAUCAUCACAUUCUCGUUCACAAGCCGGAAUGGGUUCAUCAAGUCGUUCGGCGGCUCGCCGCCAACCCGAAGAUGUCCACGUUGGCAAAUAUAAAUUGAUGAAAACGAUUGGAAAAGGCAAUUUUGCCAAAGUGAAAUUGGCAAAACACGUGAUAACCGGACAAGAAGUUGCUAUCAAAAUUAUUGAUAAAACUGCCCUGAAUCCAUCGAGUUUGCAAAAGUUGUUUAGAGAAGUGAAGAUUAUGAAACAAUUGGAUCAUCCGAAUAUUGUCAAAUUGUAUCAAGUUAUGGAAACUGAACAAACGUUGUAUUUGGUUUUGGAGUAUGCGAGUGGAGGAGAGGUGAGCCAUGAAUUUUGGGGAAGAAUUUCGAAAACCUAAAAAGCAUAAAAAUUUGAAACUGAAGAAAUCUGGCAUUUGUUUAUCUGAAAAUUCGAUUAAAAUUUGCCACGUGGCAUUUUUACAUGUGUAAAAUUCGAAAAAAAAUGUUACCCUGGAAACAUUUUCAAUGUUUUAGCAUGAAAAUAUAUUUUUGCUCUCAGAAAUUUAAAACCAGAGAAAUUUGCCACGUUGCACGUUUCCUAUUGCAAAAAUGUUUCUCCUCGAUUUUUUACGUUUCAAAAAUUUAAUAUUUGUUUGAAUUUUUUUUGGUGAAACGAUUAGUGUUAUUCUCGCAUUAAAAAUGAUCAGAAUCUUACUUCACUCUGAAAAAUUUUUAAAUUUAAAUUUUUCAGCACAAAUUUCGUAUUUUCAAGAUUUAAAAAUUGUUCACUGUUUCAAACAAUUAAUUAUGCUAGAGAACAUAUUUGAAAAAUUUACUGUUUCAAUUAAAAUUGAAUGAAAAUGUGGGGUUUUUGAGAUUGAUCAUUUGCUUGAGUCCGCAGGGAACAUUCAAUAUAAUUUAACCUGCAAGAUACAGUUUCACUGUUUCAAAAAUCUGAAUUUGAAAACUUUUGUUUUCUUUUCACCAAAAAAUACAUUUUUUUAAUUCAAGAAUUUAAUACUGUUUCAAAAAUGUUAUAUUUUCCUGUAUUUUUUUUGGAAAACGAUGGAUGUUUUGAUCUCUAAUUUAAAUUGAUCAGAUUCUUAAUUUACUCUGCAAAUUUUUGAAUUUUUCAAUACAAAUUUUGUAUUUUCAAGAUUUGAAAAUUGUUUACUGUUUCAAGAAUUUUAUGAACCCAGGAAAUUAUUUGAAAUUUUGAUUUUCCAUCACUGAUGAAAAGUUUACUGUUUCAUGGAAAAUUGAAUGAAAAAUGUGGGGUUUUUGAAAUUGAUCUUUUCCGCCAAUAUUUCACUGUUUCAAAAACAACUGAAUUAGAUGAAAUUAUAAAUGGGAACGCUGAGUAUUGGUUGAGUAAUGAAAAAUGAAAUAGAUAUUUUAAAAAAUCAAGACCCAAUUACUUACCCUAAUUAUUUUCCAGGUAUUCGAUUAUCUGGUAGCACAUGGUCGAAUGAAAGAGAAAGAAGCGAGAGCGAAAUUUCGACAAAUUGUGUCUGCUGUACAAUAUUUGCACUCGAAAAAUAUCAUUCAUCGGUGAGUUUUUUUUUCACUGUUUCAAAAAAUUAUCAAAUUUUUUGAUGGAAUUUUUUAAUUGUUUAGUUGAAUCUAUUUUUAAAAAAAAAUCACUAUUUUUCGUUCUGAAAAGCUACUGUUUCAAAGAAUUUUCGAAUUUUUGAGCGAAUUAUUAAUAAGCGAUGAUUCGUUUCUAAAAGGUUCAAUUUUUUCCAAAAUCAAAAAAAAAAUGACUGUUUCAAAAAAUUAAUAAUAUUUUUGAGAAAAUCGUAAUUUCUAGUAAUGUCUUUUUCCAUAUAUGCUCAAUAAAAUGUAUUUUUCAGUUAUGAAAAUUCACUGUUUCAAAAACAUAUGAAAAACUUGGAGAGAUUUAGAUAUUCCAAUAGAAUAAUUGUUGAACAAAAAUGGAAAAUUGAUUUUAAAAAAUUUGAAUUUCUUGAAAAAGUUCACUGUUUCAAAUAUUUAUGAAAAUUCUCGAAAGAUUUUGAUUUUUCAAUAGGUACGAGAUUUUUUCCUCAUAAAAUUUACUGUUUCAAAACAAUAUAAAUAUUUUUGAGAGAAUCGUAAUUUCUAGUUAUUUUUUUCCCAAUAAUUCUCAAUAAACAGUAUUUUUCAGUUAUGAAAAUUCACUGUUUCAAAAAAAUAUGAAAAAUUUGGAGAGAUUUAAAAAUUCCAAUAGCUGGAAAAUUGAUUUGAAAACUAGAAAAUUUGAAUUUCUUGAAAAAGUUCACUGUUUCAAAUAUUCAUGAAAAUUCUCGAGAUAAUUUGAUUUUUCAAUAGGUACGACAUUUUCAAAUGAGAAAGUUUACUGUUUCAAAAAAAUCAUCAAUAUUUUUGAGAGAAUUGUAAUUUCUAUUUAGUUAUUUCUUUUCCCAAAAAUUCUCAAUAAACUGUAUUUUUCAAUUAUGAAAAUUCACUGUUUCAAAAAAAAAAUGAAAAAUUUGGAGAGAUUAGAAAUUCCAAUAGAUUUAGCAGUUAACCAAACAAUUAUUGAACAAAUUUUGAAAAUUUUAUGAUUAGUCUGAAGUUGCUGGAAAAUUGAUUCGAAAACUAGAAAAUUUGAAUUUCUUGAAAAAUUCACUGUUUCAAAUAUUUAUGAAAAUUCUCAAGAGACUUUGAUUUUUCAAUAGGUGCGACAUUUUUGCCUCAUUAAAUUUACUGUUUCAAAAAAUUAUUAAUAUUUUUGAGAGAAUCGUAAUUUCUAGUUAUCUUUUUCCCAAGAAUUCUCAAUAAACUGUAUUUUUCAAUUAUGAAAAUUCACUGUUUCAAAAACAUAUGAAAAAUUUGGAGAGAUUAGAAAUUCCAAUAGAUUUAGCAGUUAACCAAAAAAUUAUUGAACAAAUUUUGAAAAUUCUUAUGUUUAGUCUGAAAUUGCUGGAAAAUUGAUUUUAAAACUAGAAAAUUUGAAUUUCUUGAAAAAGUUCACUGUUUCAAAUUUUCAUGAAAAUUCUCGAGAAAUUCUGAUUUUUCAAUAGUACCACAUUUCCAACUGUGAAAAUUUACUGUUUCAAAAAAUAAUUCGAUUUUUCCAGUGAUUUGAAAGCUGAAAAUCUGCUCCUCGAUCAAGAUAUGAAUAUCAAAAUUGCCGAUUUCGGAUUUUCCAACACAUUUUCACCCGGUCUCAAACUCGACACAUUUUGCGGUUCUCCACCAUACGCCGCUCCCGAACUAUUUUCCGGCAAAAAAUACGAUGGUCCCGAAGUGGAUGUGUGGAGUUUGGGUGUAAUUCUGUAUACAUUGGUGUCGGGUAGUUUGCCGUUUGAUGGACAGAAUUUGAAAGAGUUGCGCGAGCGGGUCUUGCGCGGAAAAUACCGUAUUCCAUUCUAUAUGUCGACGGAUUGCGAGAAUUUGCUGAAGAAGUUUUUGGUGAUCAAUCCGCAACGGAGAAGUGCGUUGGAUGUGAUUAUGAAGGAUCGGUGAGUUUUUUUUGGGAAAAAAAUUUAGCUUGAAAAAUUUUCCGGCGGCUAAAAAUUAUGCAAAAUUUUCAUCAGAAAAUAAAUGAAAAAUUGAAAAAAAAAAGAAUUUUUAACCUGAAAAAUUGAAUGAAAAUCGCUCCGAAUUUUCACUUUAAUUUAUGCACAAAAAUCAAUUCCUAAAUUAUUUUUUUUUCAAUUAUAAAAAUUUACUGUUUCAAGAUUUUUUUAAAAUUGUUGAUUGGUUUUUUCAACGCUCCUGCUACAUACGCGCUGUCUAAUCAAAAUCAAAAAAAAAUCUAAUCAAAAUCUCUGAAUUUUCAGAAAAUUGUAGAAAAAUUGAAUUUUCAACCUGAAAUUUGACCCGAAAUUCUGAAUUUUACACUAUAGUUUUUACCACAAAAAAUUGACUCAUAAUUAAUUUUUAUUUCAUUUCCUAAAAAUUUCACUGUUUCAAAUUUUUCUUGAAAUCUUGUUUAGUUUUUGAUGUGAAUUUGAAGGUUCAAUAAUUCUAAAAAAAAAAAACUUUUUUUCUCCAAAGACGAAUUUAUCAAUACGAAAAAAACUAAAAAAAAGAAUUCAAGAAAAAUUUGAAACAGUAAAAUUUUGGAAUUGAAGUUCAAAUAAUUCCCGACAAAAAUUUUCCACAAAAAAAUAAAUGUUAACAUUCGAAAAAAAUACUGUUUCAAGAUUUUCUUGAAUAAUUCUGAUUCGGAUUUCGAUAUUAUAACGUUCAUACUUGAAUUGGUUUGAGAAAAUGACACGAAAAUUUGAACCUAAAAUCUCAUUUAAAAAGUAUUCUGAAGUUCAAAAAAAACAAUUGGAAUCUAUAAUUUCUUCGCCUCAAAAAAAUCACUGUUUCAAAUUUUCUGUAAACUAUUCUGGUGAAAUAAUCGAACAUUCUGUUUCGAAUGUAUCGCAAUCAAUUUUCAUAAUGUUUUCAUCUUCAGAUGGAUGAACGUUGGCUACGAAGAAGACGAAUUGAAACCAUACGUCGAACCGCCAAAAGAUCAAAUUGACGAUUCGCGAAUCGAAAAACUCAUUCAAAUCUUUCAACUCGGUUUCAACAAACAACAAAUAUUGGAAAGUGUUGAAAAGGAAAAGUUUGAGGAUAUCCAUGCCACGUAUUUAUUGUUAGGAGAAAGAAAAUCGGAUGUGAGUUUUUUCGGGGGAAAAAUUUGUAUGUUGCAUGUUUGAGAGAGAAUUAACAAGAAACAUUCAAAAAAGUUUUGGCGCCAAAAUUUGAGCGGAAAUUUGAAUAUUUUUGGCAUGAAAAAUCCAUUUUUUUUACCCACAAAAAAUAUUUUGUUUUUGAAUUUUUUGAAGUUUUUAUCCUAACUCAACUCAAAAUUUUUUGAAUUCCGAAAAAAAACACAAAAAAUUCUGAUCUAACCUCUCUCAUCCUUCACCUCCUCUCUCUCUCUCAGAUGGAUGCAAAUGAAAUAACAAUGGCACAAUCGCUGAUCACACACUCAUCAAUAAAUGUUUCGUCGGCACUUGGACAACAUCCAGCUGGUGUUAUAACCAGAGAACAUGUUAGUGGAUCUGUGAGUUGUGUAUGAUGCAUAUAUUUGUAGAUCUAGAAUUCUAGAUAGAGAAAAUUAGGCAUGAGUUAUAUUGUGUGGUGAUGUGAUGUGAUUUUGUUGUGAAAAAUUGGAAUUUUGAAAGUCUGACCUGGAUUUAGCCCUAAUUCUAGGUUUUGAUAGGGAUUUUGAUCUAGAAAAAUGGUCCAGUAAUUGUAUUUUUGAGAUUUUCAAUAUGAGCAAUAGGAAAUGAAGAUUGCUCAUGUUAUAGUAGGCAAUUUGAGUAAAGCAGUGUAUGAGCAAUUUGAGUAAGCCUAGAUUUCUAAAAACCAAUUUUUCUCGAGUUUUCUAGACUCAUCUGAGCAAUGGAGAAAUUAUGAUUGCUCAGAUUAUACUUUUUUGAACAAUUUUUUCGAAUGAAAAUUUAGCUGAAAGAUCUCAUGGCCUUAAUUUUGAGCCACAAUUUUAUUUCGAAUUUUCUAUGGAAAAAUAAGGAUUGCUCAGAUUGUGGUGCCUUCUAGAGAUGCAGAGACAUGUGCACACUCGUGUGCAUCCAUGUGUCUCUCCCUCUCUCUGGAGACCCUCAUUCUUUGGCUUGCGACCACCAACAUCGGUUGCUAAACAUUAUUCUGUAUAAUAAAGAUCUUACACGUUAAUGUGAUGUACUUAUGAUUGGGACUGGGUAAUGGGGAUGACUGGGAGGUCAUCUAUCCAUUACAUGGAGGUUCCGACCGUUUGAAGAAAUUUUCUGGGGUCUCCCAUAACACCAAUAGCCCCAGAAAUUUCGCGAACUAUUCCGCGGUCGAGAGCUAACCAUUCUAUACCGCUACACACAUUCGACUACUGUUAUCUGUCUAGUAUUUUUAUUUAUUAUCGUCUGGAAAAAUCCGAGUAUUUCGAAAUAUUUCGAAGACUUGCACUUUUCGUCUUCAACAACUUCUUUAUCGAUUUUUGUGAGCCGACAUGCAGAACAAAAGAGCGCCUGCAUGUGUUUCGAACUUGGUUGAAGAAGCAGCUGGUGAGGGAAACCAAUUAGAGGAAGAAGAAUUUUCAAAAAAAUUGAGUUAUGUUCGUUAUAUCUUUCUAGGCAAAUUUUUUCUCGGUUUUUAUUUGUUCCUAGUACGUUUUCAAUGGUUUUAUUAUUAGGUUUCCUGUCCCUAAUAAGAAAACAAAUUAUGGUCUUCUUGUCGUUUCUUCCCCAUGAUUUAGUAUUGAAAACGAAACAUCUAAAUAGUUGAAAAUUUUUAAAGUUGUAUUUCACUUGUUAUUCCUUCACUUGCUUAUUCUUUUUAUUCCACCACCCAGACGCCCGAUAAUAUUGUAAAAUUCCAUCUUACUAGAUACUAGGCAGACCCAGACCAUCAUAAGUACCCCAAAGAAUCCGUGUAACUUUGUGAUUUGAAUGUAUUGCUUGAUAAUAUCAGAUUGAUUUGUAUUUAUGAUUAUAUUGUUUUAUGUUAAGACAUCACCGUCCCGGUAUAUAUCAGCCGCGAGGACGCUGGCUUGUAUCGGGAGGGGGAUGUGGUGCCUUCUAGAGAUGCAGAGACAUGUGCACACUCGUGUGCAUCCAUGUGUCUCUCCCUCUCUCUGGAGACCCUCAUUCUUUGGCUUGCGACCACCAACAUCGGUUGCUAAACAUUAUUCUGUAUAAUAAAGAUCUUACACGUUAAUGUGAUGUACUUAUGAUUGGGACUGGGUAAUGGGGAUGACUGGGAGGUCAUCUAUCCAUUACAAGAUUAUACUUUUUGGAAAUUCAAAAUGAAAUUCUAUCUAGAAUGUUAAGUAAUAUGAGCAAUGGGGAAUUUAGAGGUUAUGUUGAAAAUUUUUGAUUUUUCAUAAAUAUGAAAAAUCUGGAAUUUGCAUUGCUCAGGUUAUAGUUCUUUUCUAAAAAGUGUGUUGAAAUUUUUCUUAGAUUGCUCAUGUUAUACUUUAAAAAAAUAGGAUUUGAAUUUUUUAGACCAAAAUAUCUAUUAGAGCUCAAAAAAUUUUUAUUGAGAAAUAUUCAAUUUUUUUCGGCUAAUCUGAGCAAUGAGAAUUUAGACUAAUAUGAGCGAUUCAUCAAAAUCUAGAAGCAUGUGUUUGUCUUUGUCUUGUCAUAUCUAUGUUUCAUCCCCCAUUCAUCCUCUGAAUCUCAUUUUUUUUCCAGCCAUCCCGAUAUUCUCGCUCGGCUCAACAAUCCACAAAUGGUGCCAAUCCACCAGCCACUGGCGCAGCUGCAGGAUCAGCAAUCGCCAGUGCCGCAAACGCUCAAAAACACUCUUCCAGCUCCACAUCUUCACGAAGAGCCAGUCAAAAUGACGCGGCGGCAAAUGCGGCGAAUACGGUAGUGAUGAGUGGAACACGUCACGGCGGAGUGCAAAUGAGACCGCAGCCAACCAGCAGGCAAGCCGCAAUUUCGCUCCUCCAACCGCCCAGCUAUAAAUCGUCGGGUGCCGGAAAUACCGGAACACAACUCGCGCAAAUUCCACCGCUCUUCAAUCGAAGCUCCACUUCCGGAAGCACUCCGCAAUCCGCGUCUGCGGUAGCGGCAGCCCAACGGAAAGUGUCGGAUCCGAAAGGACGUGUGCCUCUCAACUCGACUGCUUCCACACAACAUCGAACUGCGACUGGUGCGGCUGCCGCAGGUGCGGGAGGAAUUCCGACAAGUGCUUCGCAUCAUCAAAGAGAUCAAUAUAUGAAUCAGCUGACUUCGUCUACAAUGAUGUCGAAAUUGAUUAGUAACAAGACACCGUCGGCGGCGAAUAGCGCAAGUUCCAAUCAACAACAUCCACCGCCACUUCAGGUUCGCGAUUUUUUUUGUAUUUUUUGGGGAGGGGAGAACGAAUUAAAUAUUUGCCACGUCAUAACUAUUUGGAAAAUUAUCAAAAAAAUAUAUAUUUUUCAAUGGGAAAUUUUCACUGUUUGAAAAUUUUUGUAUUAGAUUUUGGUUAAGUUGGAUGCUUGCUUUAACGAUCCCGGGUGACCUGAUUCUAUGAAUUAAUUUUUUUGGAAAUUUUGCCACGAUAUAACUCUGAUUUAGCAAAACUUGUCAUAUUCCUAAUCAUACAUGGCAUCUUUGCCCAACGGACCCUCCAUGUAAUGAUCCCCCCCCCCUCCCCGAAAUUUUGAAAUGUCAUGAUCCCCCCCUCAAUUUUUUUGUCAAAAAUUUGAAAAAAUAAAUGGUGAAAAAAAUGAAAAAUAUCAAAGAGAGAGGGGCACAGAGUGUAAUUUACUACCCAAAAAAAUCGCGCAUUUUUAGAGACCUGACACGAUCUUAGGGGUGGGACUAAAAUCGACGAAAUUCAGCGCAAAAAUGAGAGAUUUAGAGAAAAAUGAUUUUUGAUCUACCCAAAAAUUAAUGAAAAUUUUGAGGUCUAGCGAUUUGAGGUAGUAAAUUACAUCCUGUGGGGAGUUUCAUUUUUGACAUAUUUUUUCAGGUUCGAUAAUUUGGAAACUAGUUCUUUAGGAAUAUCGAAUGUAGAGAACGAGCGAAGAAUUCGACGGAUAUCAUUCAUUGGCUAAUUAUUCUUAUUUCUCAUUUUAUUUCUAAAAUUCUCAAUUAUAUUUUUCUAUAUCCUUCUAAAAUAAAAAAUGAGUUUAUUGUAGUAAGUUCCUUUCAGAAAUUUUCAUGCAAUUAUCAUGCUCAACCCUUCUGAACAAUUCCAUAUAAAUUAUAGACAAUGCGUUAUUUAUUUGAUAAUCAAAUUGAAAUCCAAAAAUAUUGAAUUACAAAACAAAAGAAAAAAAGUGGAUUCCACCGAGAAUUCGAUCCAAAAACCCUCAGAUUAUUACGCGCGAUCUCUACCGACUUGACCACGAGGCUACUUUCUUUCACACGCUUAUUUUUAAGUGAUAAAAAAGGGAUAGAAGGGGAGAGAAAAUGAAAAAGAGAAGGAGAAGCGGAAAAAAAUCAUGAAAUUUUUGAAAAAUUACCAUUUUUUAUCGAAUUUCGCCGAUUUUGUUAUAUGUUUCGACUGUAUAAGUAACUUAAGGAUGGUAGAAAGGAAUGUCUGUCGAAAUUAUCUAGAAGGAAGGCUUAUUUCUUGAGAUAUGAUCCCCCCCCCCAAAAUCGAAGCCGUUUUGCUAUGUCAUUUUGGGGGGGAUCAUAUCUCAAGAAAUAAGCCUUCCUUCUAGAUAAUUUCGACAGACAUUCCUUUCUACCAUCCUUAAGUUACUUAUACAGUCGAAACAUAUAACAAAAUCGGCGAAAUUCGAUAAAAAAUGGUAAUUUUUCAAAAAUUUCAUGAUUUUUUUCCGCUUCUCCUUCUCUUUUUCAUUUUCUCUCCCCUUCUAUCCCUUUUUUAUCACUUAAAAAUAAGCGUGUGAAAGAAAGUAGCCUCGUGGUCAAGUCGGUAGAGAUCGCGCGUAAUAAUCUGAGGGUUUUUGGAUCGAAUUCUCGGUGGAAUCCACUUUUUUCUUUUGUUUUGUAAUUCAAUAUUUUUGGAUUUCAAUUUGAUUAUCAAAUAAAUAACGCAUUGUCUAUAAUUUAUAUGGAAUUGUUCAGAAGGGUUGAGCAUGAUAAUUGCAUGAAAAUUUCUGAAAGGAACUUACUACAAUAAACUCAUUUUUUAUUUUAGAAGGAUAUAGAAAAAUAUAAUUGAGAAUUUUAGAAAUAAAAUGAGAAAUAAGAAUAAUUAGCCAAUGAAUGAUAUCCGUCGAAUUCUUCGCUCGUUCUCUACAUUCGAUAUUCCUAAAGAACUAGUUUCCAAAUUAUCGAACCUGAAAAAAUAUGUCAAAAAUGACCACAUGCAAAAACCCAAUUUUUUUCUAGCGUACCGAUUUCACUUUGAUAAAAAUUUAGAUUUUUUGUAUGUAAUGUCAUGAUCCCCCUCGAGAAUUUUUUCCAAAUGUCAUGAUCUCCCCCUCACAAUUUUGAGAGCAGUGCCAUGUAUGUUCCUAAUUUUUGCUUUGAAAAAAUGUACUGUUUCAAUGUUUCCUAUAAUGUUUUCUUGUUUGUUUGGAUCUUAUUCAUUUUCGCAAUUAAUCACCAAAACAAUAUUUUAUAUUGAGAAAAUUUGCCACGUCAUAACUCAAAAGAUUCCAAAAUUCUUUGCAAAUCGAAAUUUCAACGAAAAAAUUUUUGCUAAAAAAAGAGGGGGGGGGGGGGAUUUUCUAUCAAAAAUUGUUUAAUUAAAUAUUUGCCACGUCAUAACUAUUUGGAAAAUUAUCAAAAAUUAAAAUUUUUUAAUGGAAAAUUUUCACUGUUUCAAAAUUUUUGUAUUAGAUUUUAGUUAGGUUGGAUACUUGCUAUGACGCUCUCGGCUGGCCUGAUUUUAUAAAUUAAUUUUUUUUUGAAAUUUUGCCACGUCAUAACUCAAAAUAUUCCAAUUUACUUUUCAAAUCAAAAUUUCAACGAAAUAAUUUUUGCUGAAAAGAGGCGGGGAAUUUUCUAUCAGAAAAUUGUCGAAUUGAAUAUUUGCCACGUCAUAAAUAUUUGGAAAAUGAUCAAACAUAUAUAAUUUGAAUGAAAAAUUUUCACUGUUUCAAAAUUUUUGUAUUAGAUUUUGGUUAGUCAGUCGGCUUUGAUCCUGAAUUUUUUGAAUCAUUACUUUGAAAUUUAAAAAUUGAAAUUUUGCCACGUCACAACUCUGAUUUAGCAAACUUGUCAUAAAUUUCGGAAAACCCUAAUUUUUGCAUUGAAAAAAUUUACUGUUUCAAUAUUUUCUUGUUUGUUUGGAUCAUAUUGAAGUAACCUGAUUUGUCACAAAAAACUAUUUUAUGUUGCAAAAAUUUGCCACGUCAUAACUCAAAAUAUUCCAAAAUUCUUUGCAAAUCGAAAUUUCAACGAAAAAAUUUUUGCUAAAAAAAAGGGGGAUUUUCUAUCAAAAAAUUGUCGAAUUAAAUAUUUGCCACGUCAUAACUCUUGAAAUUUAUAAAAAAAAUCAAUUUUACAAUGGAAAAUUUGCACUGUUUCAAAAUGUUUGUGUAAGAUUUCGGUUAGUCAGUAGUUCGCUUCGAUUCCCCUGAAACGCCCUAAUGUUUGCUUUGAAAAAAUGUACUGUUUCAAUAUUUUCUUGUUUGUUUGGAUCUUAUUGAAGUAACCUGAUUUGUCACAAAAAACUAUUUUAUGUUGAAAAAAUUUGCCACGUCAUAACUCAAAAUAUUCCAAAAUUCUUUGCAAAUCGAAAUUUCAACGAAAAAAAAAUUGCUAAAAAAAGGGGCGGGGAAUUUCCUAUCAAAAAAUUGUCGAAUUGAAUAUUUGCCACGUCAUAACCAUUUUGAAAAUUAUCAAACAUACAUAUAUAUUUUUUUAUGGAAAAUUUUCACUGUUUCAAAAUUUUUGUAUUAGAUUUUGGUUAGGUUGGAUGCUUGCUAUGACGAUCCCGGAUCCCUGAAUUUAUAAAUUAAUUUUUUUUGGAAAUUUUGCCACGUCAUAACUCUGAUUUAGCAAAAAAAAAUUGCUAAAAAAUUCACUGUUUCCAAAUUUUAACAUAAGAUUACAGGUUCCUGAUUUUCUAUUGCAAAUUCCAUAUUAUUAAAAAAAAUAUGAAAAAUUGCCACGUCAUAGUUCAGAUUCUGAAUUUCAAAAAUUCAAACAAAAAUUGUGGGAAAAUCUACUGUUUCAAAAACUUAAGAAAUUUUUAUUCGGAGAAUUUUGAACCUGCAAUCAUUAUUAAAUACCUUUUUUUGUUGAAAAAAUCUACUGUUUCAAAAUUUUUUGAUUAGAUUUGAAAUUUUUUAAAGGAGUUCCUUCUCCAGUUCAAUGAACCCGAAAAAUAUAUAUUUCAUUAAAAUUUUGUGCCACGUCAUGCCUCAAAAAUCGAUCCCAAUCUCCUAAUUUUUCCAGAAAUCCGGUUCACAAAUCUCACAUGCUCCAACUGAGCCAGCCAUCAAAGAAGACGAAGAUGAAUCGAGCGAAUCAUCGACAAUCCCAAUUAUUGGCGGAAUUCCAGCCGACUCUGAAAAUUUGGCUGAAAACGCUGCUGAAAAUUUGCAAAAAGCAUCGUCUGAAGCGCCAAAAGAGAAGUGAGUUUUUCUUUUUUUUGGGGAUAAAUUACAGUAGGAUUACUGUAUUUUUUGCACUUUUUGGAAUUUGCACGCUUCCUCUUUCUUCUUUUUUGCCCGCGGUCUUUAAAAAUCACUAUUUUUGAGCCCAAAAAUUGGAAAAAAAACGUGUUUGAUUGUUACAGUACUCAUCCAUUCUUACAGUAAUUUUGUUUUUUUUGUAUGAUCGAUUUUUGUGUUGUUUUGUAGAUGAUUUUUAGUUGAGGGAGAUUUUUUGGGAGGAGUUUUUGGGAAAAAUCUGAGCCAAAAAAUUAAUAAAAUUUUUCUCGGCUCAAAACCUAUGUUCCUUUAAAUUUUUCGAAAUGUUGAUUUUUUUCUUUCAUUUUUUUCCAGAGAUUUAUUUAGUCAUUAAAUUUUUCAAAAAAAAAAUGUUACAUAUGAAAUUUUUGAAACGUAGAGUUUUCGGGAAAAAUUGAAAUUUUAAGAAAUUUUUUGUCUAACCAGAAAUUAAUGAUUUUUGAACAUUUUCCAAUUUUUUUGGUCCCAAAACCUAUGUUUUAAUAUUUCAGGUCUCAAAACAUAUUUUUCCGAAAUUUUGUAAAAAAUCAUUGAAUUUUUAGCAAACAAAAUUCGAAAAGCUGAAUUUUUUUUUUCAAUUUUUAAAACCGGUUUUUGAAAUUGAAGAAAAUCAGAAUUCCUUGAAAUUUUCGAAUUUCACCAACAAAAAUUGCCAAAAUCUUAAAAUUUUCAAGAAUUUCUCAAAGUUUUGACUCCAAAUCAUCCAAUUUUAGCUCUGAAAUUCCUGAAUUUUCAAAAUUUCCCAGAAAAUUUCAGUAUUUCCCGUUUUUUCCCAAAGUUCCUCUCCCAAAUCCCCCUAUUUUUCCUGUAAACACACAACAACGAAAAACAAAAAAGGCCACCACUUUUGGUCUCAAAAAAAGUGCUGUUUUUUUAGACCGAGGGUGGUUGUGCUGUGUUUUUUUUUCUGUUUGUGUGUGUAUCUGUGAUUUGUGCACGUCCUUUUAUUUUUCUCUAGCUCGUGGCGAGACCAAAUGAUGAAUUUGAAUCGAACUCCCGAAACUCUGGAAAUUCUGGAAAAGAAAUCUGGAAGAAAAUCGGAACCGGUUCAAAGAAUUGCGAGAAGACAAACUUGUGUUGUGGGACUUCCGCUAACUCCGUCCACUUCGAAUUUUAUCGAAAAUUCGAAUCAGGAUACAAUUGAUCGACAAAUGGCUGCACUCUAUAUUUCGACAAAUGGAGCUGGAAAUUUGAGAUUGAGAAGUCAAACUACACCAUCUACCACAACUACAGAAUCACCAAAAUCUUCGACGAGCUCCACGAUUUCGCCAUAUUUCAAAAGGACUAUUAGUUUUCGAAUGGUGAAUUUUUUUUGUUUUUUUUUUCCUGAAUGUAGUGAUACUUUUGAAUGGUGUGCAGUGUAACAAUCAACACGAGUUUUUUUUUUCGAAAAUUAUUUUGGCGCGCGCAAAAAAAUUGGGUUUUUGGGGAGUAUUUUUUUAUUUUAGGUUCAAAAUUUGCACAGAUUUUCAGUCUAAUCAGAAAAGUUGAAUUUCUGAAGUUUUCUGAAAGUUUCGUGCUGAAAAUUAAAAAUUCCGGGGGUUUUUUCCAAAGUUAAAAUUUUAACUCAAAUAUUUUCACUGUUUCAAGCAAAAUUGAAAUAUUAUUUUUUUUUAAUUGAAGGUAUUAUUUCUACCAUACGUUCCAGACAAUUGAGGGCUUCAGAACUAAAAUUUCACUGUUUCAAAGAAAAGACAAGAUUUUUCAAGGAUUUUGGUAUUUAUUACGUUAUAUGUAUAAUCUACAACCCGAACAUUAAAAUUCAAAAAAUUCACUGUUUCAGCUUGAAAUUAUUUUUUUUGUGGUUGAAAUUUCGGAGUGGAUUUUUAAAUUCCUCACACAGAAAUUUUAUAAGGAAAAAUUCACUGUUUCAAGGAAAAAGCAUAAUAUUUCAAGGUUUUUUGGAAAUUAUUCCUAAUAUGGUAGUUUUGCUAUGAUAAUCCUCGAUGAAAAUUCAUAAAUUCUAUAUUCUAUAUUUUUUCACUGUUUCAAGAAAAAGUUGAAUUAUAAUUUUGAAUCAUUGUUCUGAUGUUAUUGUCCUGCACUUUUCCAUAUAAAAAAUCAUUAAAUUUUGAAAAUGAAAAUGAAAAUGAAAACAUUUCAUAGUUUCCUUUGGAGUUUGUAUGAAUUUUUGAUCCCUGACUGGCCAGCUUUCAUAAUUUCUCUGAAAGUGAUCUAAAAUUCGAAAAAAAAAUCAAGAUAGGACAGUUAUGAAAAAAUCACUGUUUCAAAGAAAAUGCAUAAUUUUUCCGGGUUUCUGGAAAGUAUUACCCAGCCUUUGCAUUUUUUUUUGAUAAAAAUUGAUGAAUUUGAAAGUUAAUUUUUUCACUGUUUCAAGAAACAGUUGAAUUAUAGUUUUGAAUCAUUGUUUUGAUUGUAUAAAAAUUAAAGUAGGAUUUUUGACAUCUAAAAAUUAGCCAGUUUUUAUAAUUUUUCUGAAAGUAAUUAUUUUUCUGAAAAUUCGAAAAAAAAUUCACUGUUUCAAAGAAAAUGCAUAAUUUUUCCGGGUUUCUGGCAAUUAUUUUUUACGCAUUUGUUGAAUUUCAAUCAAAAAUUGAUAAAUUUGAAAGUUAAUUUUUUCACUGUUUCAAGGAAAAGUUCAAUUUAUUGUUUUGAAUCAGUGUUUUGAUUCUGUUUCCCUGUUGUAAGCAAUCUAAAAUUCUUCCGCGAACACAAAUAGCAAAUAGUACUGUUUCACAAAAGUUGAAAAAUCUCACUGUUUCAAUAAAAUUUCAUGAUUUUCAAAAAUUCUGCGAAAUUGUUAAAUUGUAAAUUAUUCAGAAAUAGAAUAAAAAAAUUCAACUACGAAGUGAAAUCACUAAACUAGAGAAAUCAAUAAAAAUUGAAAAUUCAAGCCUGAAAAUCAAUAAAGGCCUAAACAUCUAUAGAAACCGCAAAAUAACCUCGAUUAUUUCUAGGCCGUCGAUGAUCCUCCACCAAUCGCCAUCAAUGCCACCAGCGACAAUGAUUCAAGCAAUGGAAGGAAUCACAUUGGCGGAAUCACAACAACAACAACAAAACACAACCAAUUCGCCACGUGUCAACACCAAUCCCCAACAACAAAUGUCGAGAUCAGCGACAAUCAAUAAUGCGGCAAAUGUUUCGACGACUUCUACGGGUGCUUCUAGUCAGGUUGGUCUUUUUUGGUUUUUGGUGGAUUUUUUGGUGUGCAAGGAAAAUUGGCUCUGGGGAAAUUCGAGGGGUUUUUGAAGAGAAAAAUGGUUUCGGGGGUCCAGGAAUAUAAUUUUUAAAAAAUUAAAUUUCAACAAAAAUGUUUAAUGAUUUAUCACUGAAAAUUUCUUCCUGGAAAUUUAAUUCUGAAUUUUGAAACAGUAAAUUUUUUUUCGAAGUUUGUAGAUUUUGAAACAAUAUUGAUUUUGAGAAAAUUCUGAAGAACUUCUUUAAAUCAAUCGAAUCAGAAUCAAUUUUUCAAAUUUCUACAUAAGUUUUGAAACAGUGAAAAUUUUCAUCAAAAAAUUUUGAUGAACAUUUUCACAGUUUUUCAAACAACAUCAAAUCAAAAGCCUAAUGGGGCUAUUCAAGUUAUUUUCUCAGCGCUGAGAAAACAGGAGAAAACCUAUUCAGGUAGGCUGAGAAAAUACGAAAAAAGUGAAGAAAAUGAAUUUUCUCCGCAUUUCUCCUGUUUUCUCAGCGUGUUGAGAAAAUACUUGAAUAGCCCCAUAAUUAUUUGGAAAUUUUAUGAUAGAAAUUUGAAACAGCAAUUUUUUUUGUUAAAUAAUUUUGAUAAUAUUUUUUUUCUCCGUUUUGCUUCUUAAUGAAAAAUGUUCAAAUCCCAGAAAAUAUGAGAGAAAUUUGAAACAGCAAUUUUUUACUCUCAAAUUUAAUUUUUUUUUUCGGACCCUUGAGUUCAUUUUCUCUGAAACCCUUGAUUUCCCUCCCCGAACAGAGCCUUUUUUCCUGGUGCGAAAAAGAAAUUGGUGCAUUGUUUUCUGGUGGUGGUACUAUAUAUUUUCCUGGGUGCAACAACAUUUUCAGUUCAAUUUUUCCCUUUUUUACUCCUACCCUUCUACCCUCUCUUCUUUUUUUUUUUAUAGAAAUUACCCCUAUAUACAGAUUAAAAAUUUGAAUUUUGAAAAUUUGCACGAAUUUCUUAGUUGGUGUACGUUUUUCUUUCCUCUAUCGCUUUUCGAAGAAAAAACCUGGCUGAUUUCUUCAUUUUUUGAAUGUUUUUCUCUCUUUUUUCCCUAUCGUUUGGUUUUCUUUUUUUCGUUUUUAUAUCAUUAAAAUUUAGUAGUUUUCGUGGAUCAGCUUAUAAAAAUCUAAAGAAAUUUUUGAUGGAAGUUCAUCUAAAAAAAUCACUGUUUCAAAAUUGUCUUAAAAAUUAGUAUUUUAUUGAAAUUUCCAAUGGUAUGGUUCUACAUAAACGACAAAAAAUUUCCGAACCCCGAAAAUGUACGUUUCAAAAUUUGCACUAAUUUUUUUGGAUUCGGAAUAAUUAUUGAUUCGUUUGUAUUCAACUAAAAUCAGAACAAAUUUUUAUUCAUAAAAAAUCUACUGUUUUAAAAUUGCCCUAAAAAGCUAGAUUUUCCCAUAUUUUCAAUUUUUCCAUUUUAUACAGUAUAAAAGUCAAAAAAAAUUUACUGUUUCAAAAAUUCUGUGAAAAUAUUUAGGUUUUCAACAUUUUUAAUGUGACGGUUAUAUAGUUGGUCUUUGAAAUUUCAAGAAAAAAAUCACUGUUUCAAAAUUUUAUUUUGAAAUCUAGAUAUUUUUUGAAUUUUCAAUUAGUGGGUGUAAAAUUCUAAAAAUUAUUUUUCACUGUUUCAAAAAUUCUGUAAAAUUAUUUAGUUUUUCAAUAUUUUCAAUGGUUCAUUUCAUAGCCGUUAUUCAAAAUUCCGAAAAAAAAUUACUGUUUCAAAAUUUUAAUUUGAAAUCUAGCUAAUUUUUGAAUUUUCAAUCAAAGGGGAAACAAUUUUGGGUAAAAAAUUCUGGAAAUUAUUUUUUUCAUAUAAAAUUUCACUGUUUCAAGAAUUCAUUUUAGAUUUCAAGAUUUCUAUUAUUUUUGAUCUUCCCACAUAAAUGCAUCCGUUCAUUUACAAAAUUUUACACAAAAAAAAUUGUCACGUCCUUCCUCUUCACCAGUUUUUUUCCUGAAAAAGUCUAGUCUCUGAGCCCGUUUUUUUGGUUUUUCAGCAAUAUCCAUCGACUACAACAACAACAACAACAUCUUCAACACAUCAAAAUCAACCAACACUAACCCAUAACGCAGCCUCAUUUUCUGUCUCGCCAUCCGUCUAUCAAGUUCCGCCAACUACAAUUGCGUCAUCAGCUGCAGCCGCAGCGCAAGCUUCAGCUGCUGCCGCACAAUCUGCCGCCUUUCCGCGAAACACUCGAAAUCGACAGACUUUCCAUGGAAAAACUGAACGAGAUAAGGUAAAUUGUCUUUUUUUUUUUCUCUCCUUUGUGCGCUUUUUUCAUACCUUUGUUUUCAUAAGUUUUUGAAAAUUCAGGGUCCUGUAGAUAAGUACUGUAGAUAAAUUUACUGGGUCUUGAGAUGAUUUUUGAGGGGGUACUGUAGUGACUAGAGUGUAGUCUUCUUAUUGAAAACUACUCCGAACUUAGUUCUGAAAAAAUCAAUUUUUUUGGGCUACUGUAGAUCAGUUUUUGGGUCUUGAGUGGAUUUUUAGCUGGUUACUGUAGUUUUUAAAAAUUUGGAUUAUUUCAAAGAAAUGUUGCCACGUCAUAACUAGAGUAGAAAUACCGUAUUCCAAAGCUAGUCUACAGUAAUCCCUUGUAUUUUUGAGAAUUACAGUAACCUUUAGCCACGCCGUAAUUAGGAUACUGUAACUCAAUAAACUGAUUAUAAAUAUGCCUGAAAAAUUGAGAAUUACAGUAACCUUUGCCACGUCAUAACUUAUUUGAAAAAAAUACAAUUUCAAGAAUCGCACUACUGUAAUAAUCCCGUACAGUAAUUUCGUGAAAACAUCUAAAACUACAGUAAUUUUGCCACGUCAUAACUACUUGAAUACUGUAACUUUAGGCUCAGUUACAGUAACCUUUAGCAGGCUUCUCAAUUUUAUUCAAAAAAUUUUUAUCAAUGUUUUUUUUUCUCCAGGGAGGUGAAGAUCUCGAUGGUUCUGGCGAACUUGCGGGAAAUAUUUCAAUCGGCGGUCAACCGGCAAAUACAUCACAAGGACAAUCGAAUAAUAACGAGGGAAUUUGGAGCAAAUUGAGCAAAUUGACAAGACGGUUGGUUCAUCGUUUUUGAUUUUUGAUUUGAUUUCACACCUAGAACACCCUGAUUCCUUUGAAACCUAGAAGGUCUCAAAAAUGACCUAAACACCUUAUUUUUUUACCUAAAAUAUGUAGAAUUUUACUAACUUGUGUGAUAAUAUAAUCUUUAUUUUUUCUUCUGAUUUAACCUAACUUGUAUGAAUAACUGCGUGUUUUUAAUACCUUAUUUUUGGAAUGGAUGAAUUUUGCGGGAGUUUUUUUGGGAGAAGUUUUGAGCAUUUUGAGCUGGGUUUUUUUUUGAGCAAAAAAUCUACUGUUUCAAGAAUUUUAUAUUUUUUAAUGGGUUUUACAAGUAAUGUUUUAUCCAGUUAAAACUUUAAAUUUCUAAUUAGAAACCUGAAAAUUUCAGUUUUUUUGAAAAAUGUAUUUUCAGGAAUUUUUAUCUCAAAAAAAAUCUACUGUUUCAAACAUUUUAUAUUUUUGAUUUUUUUUUUUACGGAAUCAUUUAUAAUCCGGGAAUUUCGAGAAAUUAAUUAUCAAAUUAAAAACCUCGAGAUUUUCCAGACAAUUCUUCUGAAAUUUCAGCUUUGUGUUGAAAACAAGAGUUUUGAGCCAAAAAAACAGGAAUAUCCAGAAUUUUUUUCCCCGAAAAAAAUCACUGUUUCAAAAAAUUUAUAAUUUGGGAUUAGUUUUAAUUUUGAUAGUUAAGGUACUACAUCACAGUUACAUACAUAAUUUUAAUUCAAAAAGUUUGAUGAAAAUUACAUUUUCCAAAUUAGAAACCUGAAAAUUUCAGUUUUUGUUGGAAAAUUUAGUUUUUGAACCACAAAAAGUGUAGAAAAAACUGGGAAUUUGUGAUUUUUCUUCGAAAAAAAUGUACUGUUUCAAAUUUUGUUCAUCUAGAAAUUAAGCAAUAUAAAAAUGAUGCAAAUAGGGUUCCCACACGGCUAAAAUUCAAUUGAAAAAAUAAAUUCUUGAAAUUUUGUCUGAAAAUAAUCUAAAAAUCACAUUUUGAAUGAGCAAAUCAGAAUUUUUCUGAAAAAAAAAUUACUGUUUCAAAAUUUUCUUAUAAUGGGAAUGGAUUUCAAAAAAUGAUGGUUGUUUUCGAGUGAUCUCUUUGAAUUUUCAGAAAAAAAUCUGAAAAAAAUCCAAAAUGCUCAAUGUGCUCAAAAAAAUUUUAAUUUUUUUUUUCAAAAUUUUCCUUGUCCUUUGUCUUGUCCUCACUGCAAUUUUCCCCCAUUCACCAAACCACCAAAAAAUGUUCUCAAUCACUUCUCUCUCUCUCUGUAGCCUCUGUAGUGUGUUUUUCAUUGAUUGCAGUAGCAGCCAAGUUUCGGGACCACACAACAAUUUAUCAUCGGGAAGCUCGUCGGCUCGCCAAAAUUCGACGGCUCCUCGAAAUUCCACCCAAUUGCACCAUUCAAUGUCGAUGAAUCAAAGGUACACAGGGGGUUUUUGAAUUUGGCGCCAAAUCUAUGAUCUGCACACUGAGCAUGUUUGCCACACACGCAAGCGCAUGAUUUUUCUCUUUCUACUAUUUUUCUUGAAUUUUUUCUUGUGUGAUAAUUUGUCAAAAUCUAGACCAUCAGCGACAUCCACGUCAUCGGCGACUUCUUCGAAUUUUGCGAUGCGACGACGACGCGAAUUGCCGCCGAUUUAUGCGUCGCAACGGCAAAGGCAUGGGUUUGGCUUCUAUUUUUUCUCUAUGUGUUUUUUUUCCUGAUGUGCAAAAUUCUUGCGAGUUUAGGGUGUUUUUUAUAAGGCCUUAGGGUUAGACUUAGGCUAAGUUCUAGGCAAACAUGCUCAAGGGCCCCCAGGAACUUUUCUUUUUUUGAGCAAUAAAAUUUAUCUGAAAAUUAAUUUUUUCCAGAGAUCAUACGCGGGAAAGUAUGACGCAACCGGUGUCUGGAAGAGCUGGAACGAUUGGAGCCGCGCAGGGACAACAAACUGCCGCAGCGUUGGCUGCGAUUCGAGAGGGACAGGGAGUGAGUUUGAUUUUUGGAGGGAUUUUGAAGCUUUCUUGCAAAAAAUUGUACGAUUUUUGAGAAGAGGAGAGUUUUUGGAGCAUUUUGAGACUAAAAAUGACUCAAAAAAUCAGCUAUGUGUUUUUUGACACUAAUCUUGACCGGGAUUUUUUGGAUCCUAAAAAUUUUGAAUUUCAAAAAAAUCCCACUGUUUCAAAAUUCUUUGAAUCAUCGAAAUGUUUUUUGUUUUUGCUCAUGUUGAUCAUUGGGUUGUUCUAAAUUCAGAAUUUUUCGGAAAAAUCCUAUUUCCCCACGUGGAAUUUUCGGUCCAAUUUUCAAACGUGAAAUCCACUGUGAAAAUUUCACUGUUUCAUGAAUUUUCCAUAUUUUGAAAAUGUAUUUGAUUCUCGUUCUCUCAUUUUUUUAUAUUCAAAAAUUAUUGGCUUUGUUAAAUUUCAAAAAAUUUUACUGUUUCAAAAAUUGUAUCAAUUUUUGCAACAAUAAAUCUCAUUAAUUUAAUAACGACACGCACUCUGGAUGAAAUUCAAAAUGUUCUAUUAAAAACGUGUAAUUUUCCUAUAAUUUUUUAGUGUUUCAGUAUUUUCAUUUGGAGAGCGGAUUUGAUUUAUUUUGCAAAAAUUGUAUGAUUUUUGAGAAGAGGAGAGUUUUUGGAGCAUUUUGAGGCAAAAAAUGAGCCAUAAUUUAAUCUGAAGAGUUUUGACAAAACCAAAAUUCAUACACACAAUUUUCCAGACAAUUUUAAGACUGAAUUUGACCUAAAAAAUACCUAUUUUUUGAAAUUUACCGUGAAUUUUUUCUCAAGAAUUUUUCUAGUUCAAAAAAAUCACACUGUUUCAAAAUUGUUUGAAUCAUUGAAACGUUUUUUUGUUCUGCUAAUUCUAAAUCAAACCACGCCCAGCUUCGUGCGAAUUAACUUCGAAAAUUGGCGGUAUGGAUUUUGAGAAUUUUUGGCGAUGUGGAAACGACCUUUUAGACUGGAAAAAACCACUUUUUAACAGAGAAACUUCAAGAAAAUCUCAAAUUGACGAGGUAAAUUACCGUAAAUUUUUAUUGGCGCCGUGCAUAUGCCUCACCCAGGCAUGGUAUGCUCUAGGUUUGGAUUUUCACGUGGAAUUUCCGGUCCAAUUUUCAAACCUGAAAUUCAAUGUGAAAAAUUUCACUGUUUCAUGAAUUUUCCAUAUUUUGAAAACGUAUUUGAUUCUCAUUCUCAUAAAAUUUAAUAACUUUGUUAAAUUUCAAAAAAUUUUACUGUUUCAAAAAUUGUAUUAAGUUUUGCAACAAAAGAUUUAUCUCAUUGAUUCUAUAUCAAAAGUUCCGGAUUAAAUUCAAAAUGUUCUAUUAAAAAAGUGGUAUUUUCAUGUGAAUUUCACAGAAAAAAAUAGGUUUCAAAAUUUUUUCAAUAAAUUUUCCAUCAAAAAAUAUAUUUGCUUUCCAUAGAUGGUUUGGGAAUGAAAUUCAGUUUUUUUUUACUUCAAGAAAUUGGAAUGGAAAAUUUUCAUUUUUUCAAAUGUUUUGAAAUUUCCAAGAAAUUAUUUUUAAAAAAAUACUGUUUCAAUUUUUUUAUUUGAAAAAUGAUAGUUUUUUAAUUUGUUUUCAUAAAAUUUACCAAAUCCAAAAAAUCACUGUUUCAAAAUUGUACUAUUAAAUUUUGCACCGAAACCCCCUCAUUCAUCUAUUGUUUUUUUUUUAUUCAGAAUCAUCCACCAUCAAGUCCAGCUGCAUCUUCAGUUGGAGGUGGAGUUACCGGAAGUAUUGGCGGCGGAGCGGGUGAAGAAGUCAAACCUCGAUCAUUGCGAUUCACUUGGAGUAUGAAAACGACGUCGAGUUUGGCACCGGAUGAUAUGAUGAGAGAAAUUCGAAAAGUUUUGGACUCGAACAAUUGCGACUACGAACAACGCGAAAGAUAUAUGAUUUUGUGUGUUCAUGGUGAUCCGAAUACGGAUUCGUUGGUGCAAUGGGAAAUGGAGGUAUGUUUGAGGUUUUUGAGGGAGAAAUUGAUGAAAAAUUGUGGAUUUUGAGGGAGAAACCCUAAAAUUGGAAUUUUCUUGAGAAAAAAAUCCGAAAAAAAAUCUACUGUUUCAAAAUUUUCAUUUAUGUUUUCAUGAUUUCUGAUUGUUGAUAAGUUGUUCGAUAAAAUCGCGAAAAUUUAGGAUUUUCUGCAAAAAAUAUUCCAAAAAAUUUCACUGUUUCAAAAUUUACCUAUAUUUUCAUUGAAUUUUAAUAUUUUUUGUAACCAGAAAAUGCAGAUUACCGUAAGAAAAAUGAAUUUUUAGGAGAGUUUUGGGUAAAAAUCAUAAACUUUGAAUUUGUUCUUCUUCCCAGAAAAUUAGGAAUUUUCAGAUGUUAAUUUAAAAUUUAAAGUCUAUAUUUUUCCAAAAAAAAAUCCUGAAAUAUUUUACUGUUUCAAAAUUUUCAUAUAUUUUUCACAGAAUGCAUUAUUGAUAUUAAUUCCAUUGUUAUAUUGUUAUAUCGAAAAAACUCAGAAUGAAAAUAACCCCUAAAAAUUUCACUGUUUCAAAAUUUUCACAUAAUUUUUUCAUGGAUUUCUAAUUUUUGAUAGAAUGCAGAUGUCAUUAUGUAAAAUUCACUGAAAUUGCGAGAAUUUAGGUAUUUCUGCAAAAAAAUAUUCCAACAAAAUUUCACUGUUUCAAAAUUUUCUUAUAAUUUUUCCAUUUAAUUUCAAUUUUGAUACAAUGACCAAAGUUGAUUCAAUUGAAAUCUUUCCAUACCAAACCUAAAUUUAAUUUCAGGUCUGCAAACUUCCCCGCCUCAGCCUAAACGGUGUUCGAUUCAAACGAAUUUCGGGAACAUCAAUCGGCUUCAAAAAUAUUGCCUCGAAAAUUGCGCAAGAGCUCAAUCUUUAG